GGGAAUAAAAGGUUUUAAACGGAGACAGUAUCUCACAGCCUGUAUGUCGCCCUCUACAUUCAUCGUGUUUUGGCUCCUGAUCAAGCUAAGCUAUGCUGAAGAUUCCUGUCCAGAAAUUAAAGUUGUUGGAAUUGGAGACUCAGACAAGCUGACUAUACUCAGAGGUUGUCCAGGUAUCCCAGGAUCUCAUGGUCUGAAAGGAGAUGUUGGACCACCAGGAGAGACAGGUGAACCUGGGGUUAAAGGCACACAAGGGAUAAAAGGAGAGAAGGGACAAUUUGGGACAAUGGAGACAAUGUAUGCUGCCAGGAACUGUAAGGAGCUGUUGGAUCAGGGGUUCUUUCUCAGUGACUGGUACACGAUCUACCCAGAUGGCGAAAGUCCUUUGAAAGUGUUGUGUGACAUGCACACUGACGGAGGUGGUUGGAUAGUUUUCCAGAGACGAUGGGAUGGAUCAGUGGAUUUUUUCCGUGACUGGAAAUCCUACAAGAAUGGGUUUGGAAGCCGCCUGAAUGAGUUCUGGUUGGGGAACGAUAAUAUUCACCUGUUAACCUCAGCAGGCAAAUGGGAGCUGCGUGUUGAUUUGCAAGAUUUUGAAAACACAAAGCACUUUGCUAAAUACGAUUCCUUUCAAGUAUUGGGGGAAUCAGAGAAGUACAAGUUGUUACUUGGAGCAUUCAAAGAGGGAAAUGCAGGAGAUUCUCUUACGCUUCACCACAAUAUGAAGUUCACCACCAAAGACCAAGACAAUGAUAUUUAUUCAUUAAAUUGUGCUGACUCAUACAAGGGAGGCUGGUGGUAUGUACAAUGUCACCAUUCAAAUCUGAAUGGUCUGUAUUUACCAGGACAGCACAGUACCGGAGCAGUUGGCAUUAAUUGGUAUCACGGCAGGGGACAUAAUUACUCCUACAAGUUCUCCGAAAUGAAGAUCCGACCCGUGGAAUAAAGAGAGAAUGUUAUCAUCGUUAAUAAACUAGCAAACAAAACAUGCACAGUUAUAAGAGGUGAAUUAGAGGUGAACAAACACAAUCACAUUAUCUGGUAGGAAGAGAGAAAACAUAUGGCCACACACUCGGUGGGGUUACAUUCCCAAGGAGGAGUUACUAUAAGCGGCUGAUGUCUUUUUUUUUUUAUUUACAUAUAAUUUAUUUGUUUUAUCAUUGUUCAUCAUAAAAAAACUUUACAUAGAAAGGCGACAAUUAUGCUCUUAUUUCAUCCUAUUAUUAAUACAUGUAACAUAUAUUAUAUUUGACAGUAC